GCCUCGUAUUUCCGGCGCUCCGCGGGCGGCCAUGUUGCAGGCGCUGGAACGGUGCAGCGGCUUUUUGCUGGGUCCCGCGGCGGCCGGUGACCUGCAUUGGCUUCCACGUGGUUUGGAUCCAUAAGAAGUUACUGCUAGCCUAAUGCCAUGAAUGUUGAGGCGGACAAUGCGGAAGAAAAAGCAGUCCAUUCGUGGUCAAGGAUCUCCUCCGCAGGACAGAAGGCCUUGGAAGAAGCUCUCCGAGUGUUCAACCCCAUGUCCAGGGACCUGUCUGACACGGAGACCCAGCUGGUAGCUUUUAUUCAAGGCCUCCGGGAGGAGGGCUACCAGCCCACCAUCCUCAGAAGCAAAGACGUUUAUGGGUACAGCUCGUGUACUGCCCGUAUGCCCGGUCAGGCAAAAACAGCUUCAAAAACAGCUGCCUCUAUUUCAGAAUCCGCAAAGGCUCCGGCUCGAAGCACCGCAGUCGUGGCAAAGGUACCUGGCCCCUUAGCAGGCAUUACCAUAAGUUCUCCCAAAGACUCUAAAAAGCCAUUGCCGAAGAGCAGUAAUUCCACAAACCUCCUGUUGAACUCCUUGAAACGGACACGUUCGGGCACGUCGAAUGCAUCUAUGGGCUUCCCUGCUCACUUGUACCCUGGUGUCUACCCGGCCAUGAGACUUUCUGUGGUGCUGGAAGCCUUGGUCCCCCUGAAAGGCACAGCAUCCUGCCUGGAGUCCAAAUGUGAACAAGGGCACCUUGGGAUUUCGCCCUCGGACCUUAAGCUCCUCAAGGCAGCUGGGGCGUCCAGGCAGCCUCCGGCCAUCAAAGCUACUAAAAUGACACCUGGCCAGUUGGACGCCAAAGGGUAUAGGAACCUGGUGAAAAAAGGACCGGACUCUGGCACUUUGGCGGUGAGCCUCGUAAAAGGACCCAAGGGUGGAGUUCUGCAGGAGAGCAACGCUUGCAAAGCCUCGGGGGUUCUGAACGGCAGGCUUUCUGGAAGCGCCUCCCAGAGCUGCAGCACUGGGACGUCCCGGACGAAGGAGCCACCCGCGGCCAAAACAGAACGGAGAGGCAGCAGCAGCAGCCCCCAGGAGACGGCCGAGCAGAAAAGGAAAAGAGCGGUGGAGGGGAAGGAGUUGCCGCACAGGAAGAAACCAAAUCCCGUCGUCUCGCCUCCCAGCAAACCAGACCUGGCGUCCGCAACUUUGAACCUGCUGAAGUUCCGGGCGAUCAAGGUGAACAGCUCUUCCGAUGACGAAUUGCGGAGGAGAGCCCAGAAGAUCCUCCGGGUUAAUCUGUCCCCUGUCAUCAGAAUCCAGCCGUUGCCUCACUCCCGCAGCGUCCCUUGAGUGGCUCGAAGAAGUUGGGGCCACGAAUGUGAGCGCGAUCGAACAGACUGCAGGCCUCUUGGGUGGGUGGGGGAGUUGUUGAGGAUAUCCAUGUUUGCAGUCCUCAGGCCUGUCACUAGCAGCUGGGGAGAGUUCUGCAGAGUUGGGCAACUGUUGGAUUAUACAUUAUAUAAAAAAACUUUUUAAAAUGUUGAAGGAGGCCUCGGAGGCUUCACCCCGAUAGAUAUAUGGAGCAGAGCAUUAGCCUUCCUCUAGAACACUUUUCUACCAUGCUUUUUUCAACAUGGCAGAGCGCACAUCUGGGAUGUGGCAACACCGGGGAUGAUUGGUGUACUGUGAUAUUUUACUUUUCUUUUUUAAAAAACAACAACAACAACCCUGUAAACCCACUUGGUUUUAAUUUGAUCAUAUUUUAUAUACGUAUUAUUAAAUAUAAGUAUCUACGGACUCACGUACAUGCAUUGCCCAAGGGUUGUCAGAAUGUGAUCCCUUCUUCAUUGCCCCCCCCCACCCCCCAAAUUGGUUUCAAAAGCUUUUCUCUCCAGUUUGUUGCUAGAUUGUUUAAUGGAAGGCCUUUGCCUGUCUGCAGUGUUGCCUCCCUUUGCUGUAAAUCUGAAUGGCUGGCUGCCCUUUACUAGCCGCUGGCUCCUGCUUGCCGCCCAUGCGACCACCUCAUAGAGCUGACUGGGAGAUAAAGGUUGCACAUCAGCUGGAAGAGUUUAUAGAAGGGGAAGGAGAAAACGCUGGCUUUCUCCGGUGCCCUCGUCCCUUCGCUUGACCAGAUUUUUUAAUCUCAGCAGACCAUGAGGCAGUGGUGGAGGAAAGGGGAUAUUUGGGGAAGAGAGUUGCCCCCAAAUAUGGAGACUUUGCAUAUGAAAAAAGUAGCAAGGGAGGACAGACCAAGGCCCCUGGCACGCCCCAAGCUAGCCGAAAAGGGUGCCUCACAAUUUAGUGCCAUGUUAGUGCCAUAGCGGGCAGGGAGGGCGCCUCUCUGUGGAAACCCCUUCUGAAGAUCUGGUGCCUCUCAGCAGAGUUCAUGGGGGGCUCUGCUUGCCAGCCACUUUCCUGUUUCCUGCGUUUUAUUCUCCAAAGGGCAAUUUAAUGAGCCAUAGUGGAAUUGACUCUCCCCUCUCUUUAGUUGUUUAAAAAAAGAACCUGUGGCUGCUUAGGAUAAAUAGUUUCUAGUGCCAUCGCUGGAACAUUUCUGCCACCAGACAUUUUAGUAUGUCUGACCUACAGCCAUUGGGCAUCUGCAUGUACCCAGGUGUAUCCUGCUGCAGUAAGAUAACAAGAGGUUUUCGGGCUUGAUGUAGAAGUAACUGGCCGUGAUUCUUGUUGCAAAAAGAAUCCUAGCAUUGCCUUUAAAGGUUCUUAACCUUGCCAGCACCUUCUUGAAAUACUGAUUUCAGGAAGAGUAUACUCUGUGCCAUGUUUGCAAGCCUAAGUUUGUUUUAAACCUGUUGAACCACUGUGGUGGAGGGUGGCGGAACUACUCUAUGAGCCAUUGGCAGAUGCUCUCACUUUGCAGAGCUGCCGGCACCAUCAUUCUGGAAAUCUGCCUUCUCACGCCUAGGCUGGGACAACCUUUGCUUUUAGCACAGCAGCUCAUCUAAGUAGCUGCUUGGCAUCUUUCCAUUGGGGGGGGGGUUUCCCUCUAGAUUUGAGCGACUCCUCUCAGUUGAGGCAAGGAGAAAAUCCAGCCUCUUCCGACUACGGCUCCAGCACUUGGGCCUGCCCCAGUUAAGCUGCUUUCAGAAAAUAUUCUCUCCAAAGGAUAAUAGACUUCCUUUCUGCAAUCACUUCUGAGUUAGGUAUUUUUGUCACUGGUAGAGCAAAAGGAAAACGGGGGAACCUUCCACCAAGCUGCUGUAGAUGCUUUAAGAAUGUUCUUCUCAAUGAACUUGUAGGAAAUCCUUUCUGUUCCACUCUUCCAAUAGGGAAUGUGCUAGGGGCAAGUUUCUUUACGAUGCCAUUUGUGUGCGUGUGCACACUCACACCAAGUGCCUGGCAAAGUCGAGAUUGGGUGGCAGUUGGGUGCGUCAGUACACAAACAAAUCUGCUUUUAGAGGAGACUGCUUUCCUCCCGGAACAGCUUUUGGUGCAGCCUUGGUUCUAGAUUUGUGCACCUGUUGUGCUCAUGACUGCGUAGGAGCAUAGCUUGGCUUCAUCUGUGUGACUUCUACCUGCUCAAGUGCCCUUGAGGGUUGUCGUUUUCAUUGGAGGAGUUACGGCUUGCUGAGGGAAUUCUUAGCCAACUCACAAAACUCUGCGUACCUGGAUUGUGUUCUAAAGGAAGAAACAGUUGUUACAGCAUGGAGGGGGAAACUCUGACACACACACACCCCAAGAUGUUGUUGGACUGCAACUCCCAGCAUUCUUGACCAUUGGCCGUGCUGCUUGGGGCUGAUGGGAGUUGCGAGUUUCCACAACAUCUGGCUGAACAAAUUAAUAUCUUGGAUCGAUAAGAGGAACAGAGAUAGCAACAUAUAUGGCAAUUAAAUGAGGCUCCACAACUGGUUUGCAGGCAGUAAAGGGAGAUUAGCCCUCUUUGCCCUAAAUACCAGAUGUGAGAUUGGCUGGAUGUGUCCAUGUGUGUGUACCAAGUCCCUCUGUAAAUGUCCUGGGCUGAAAGCUGUGAAAAGAAACAGAAAGAAAAAAAAAACCCAACAACAACAGACAAGGCUUCAGCCUGGUAUAGAAUCAUAGAGUUGUAAGGAACCCCAAGGAUCAUCUAGUCCGAUCCCCUUCAAUGCAGGAAUCACAACUAAAGACAGAUGGCCACCCAACCUCUGUUUCAAAAUCUCCAGUGCAGGAUAGUCUGCCACCUUCCAAGGUGCUUUGUUCCACUGUCGAGCAGCUCUUACUAUCGGAGAGUUCUUUCUCACCUGAAAAGGAAAAUGAUUUUUUAAAAUGGAAAUUCAUCAGGCAGUUUGCUUAUAUCAAUGCACCAUCAAUUUUGAGUUAUUUGUUGUGUCGCAACCUCUCCUUUUGGUUUUGCAAUGUUCAAAUUAGCCUGGAAAGGCAGUGUAACGCAGAAGCAGUUUAUGAAUAGCGCAAGACGAAAGCUCUUCCAUUCAAGCUCGGGGAAUCCCCCAGGGAUGAGGUCAAGAAGGUCUUCUAGGAAGCAUGUUUUCAAUCUGCUGCAGCCAAGCGUUCUGUUCCCAAAAGACACUAGCAUCAUGCCACUUAGCCCAGUAAAGAUAACUCUAAAGAAAACUUCAGCAGGUUUUCUAGAUAGCUUUUGUGCCUUUACAAUGGUCACAUCUACUUAGCCUGUAAUGUUUCCUCUCCCUGGUUGAUGCUUGAAAAGCCCACGUAGUUCACUGCAAUAAGUUAGCGCAAGGAGAUGAAUGGUCUCUUGCAUGGAAAUGAUUCCUCGAGCCUCUUAACGCCCAUCAGCUGAAGUGUGGGAGAACCUGUGAUGACCCCCGGUUGCUUGUAGCUUCAGUAGCAAGCUUUCCUCAACUAAAACGAUCUUACUUAAAAGAAUGCUAAGAGGGAGGCUGUGUCUCGUGGUGGAUGCUUAAAAACGGGACUGGUGCCAAAAGUGCUUGUAGACCUCCUCCGUCAAGAGCUCCACUUAAUUUUGGGCAUGGCGAAAUGAGGCCAGCGCUCGGCUCAUGCAUGCAACCUCCGCUCUCAGUUUCCAGGUGUCUUUGGAAUAGCCACCCUCAUGUAGUAAAGCUUCACAAUAGAUCUAAUUUCCUUAGAUCUGUCCUAUAUGUCUAUCUGCCAAGUAUUCUCUCUUCGGACUGGUGCUGGUUGUCAGAGCCUCAGGCAAGGGUCUUUCUAAGCCCCCUUUCCUUUUUAACUGAAGCUGCUGGGGUUGCACCAAGGGACUUCUGCAUGGGAAGCAGAUUAUCUACCACUGAGCUGCGCGGGUGCUUCUCUGCAUGCAUCCGUGCCUACUAGGUCACAGGGCCAGCCCCCAGCAUCCCAGUUUCAGAAGAAUCUUUGGGGGCAGGGGAAGAUUUAUUUUAGGCAAAGCAACCUUAGUAACUGCUGGAGGAGACUAUAAUGCGUUGGAUGCUAGGCGUGAGACAACUUCACACGUUGACGUAUGUAUUGAUCUCCAGCCUCCCAGUAGGAGAGCACGCCCGUGGUUAUGUUGUGGCUAUCUGGUAAUGACUACUCAGAGCUUCCAUCUUUGGGUCCUGGGCAGCUGUCUGCACUGCCCUGUUCCACCACCCUGCGAUUUCCUAAGCUGAAUCGGCUUGAGAUUUCCCUGGAAAGCUCUCUUGUGUUGUUGACUGGACUGAGCCCUCGCAUACUUGUAUCUCUGGGCUUGAAAGGUGAUCACUGGAUUCACUUCUGCACGGUAUUGAGUGCCUUUUGGGGGAGAGAGGCAAUUGGAAGGGGGAGAUGAGGCCCUUUGGCUGCACAGGCCCCUGGCCAGGUUCUGUCCAAUGCUACUCACAAUUCCACAGCUCCAGUACCAGAAAGCAUGCAUCAGAAUGGUCUCAGAUUGAGCCAUUCUUCAUGACGCUUGCAUUUUGUAAGGGAUUACAUAUUCUCUGUGGUUGGGAGUUAGCAACUGCGUUUGUAAGCUGAGAACAUGCUUCAUGCCCUCUUGGCUUGCUGGGCAUGUGGAGGCUCUGGAUGCGAUAAAUGUGAAUAAAUGCUGCUGCUGAGUGGCUAUGGACACCUGGAAGAAGGAAGCGAGAUUAGGAGUACUUACAAGAUAUUACAUGCACUUAGAUGCUCAGUCUCCUAUUCUUAGUCUCUUGUGACAGGCUAGUUCUGCUUUUGGGAGGGGGGGAGAAACUGUAGCCCUGCUCACUCAAACUGCACACACAUUCCAAUGUGAGUCAUGGGCGUAGCCCCAACAUCAAGUAAACAAAUAAUAGCUAACUAAAAGUAGAAAUUGUAGAAAAGUUUUGACAGAUUUUUUUCCUGAGCAUGGGGGUCAAAAGAAAGCGAUUAAAGACAUCUGUUGAGACAGUUCAUUCUGAAUCUGCUAGACCGAGCCAGACAGGUGGGUGUCCUACCUCCCAAAAAAAUGUAAGUCCUGGCUACGCCCAUGGUGUGAUUAGGGCCGUGUUGACCAGCCCACCCCUGACAUUUGCAAGAAGGGAGCUUUUGCAUGUGCCACUCUUAUGUUUGAAGCCUCCCUCCCUGCAGUCGUGUGGGAGGAUGCCAAGGGGCUCCUGUUGCUUUGAGAAUCUUCCCCGGGUUUUGUGGGUGAGCCCCAUGCUUCUCAUUGAGCAGCCUUGUCUUUGGGAGUUGGGAGGCGAUUGGGCAUGGGCAACCUGCCUCCUUCCUGCUUUCCUUGGUAUGCGUUUCCUACAAGAGUCGAUUGGAAGUGGUGGAUUAAGGCAACCCCAAAGACCGGUGACCUUCGCCGCAUGCUUUGCAGGACCCAGACCGAUCCCCAUCAGUCCUGUGAAACACUUCGCUGUGGCUGUGCCAGCAGGGAUUGGAAGUGCUAAAAUGUCGUGGGGAGGUCCUUGGGGAGCUGUUAUUUGGGUCUGUGGAGAGUGGUGGUCUGGAAAUGUCCCCUCCCCCCCCUGUUUUUCUUCCUAUUGCUCUGGACAGGGUAUUGCUGCUACACCAGUGCCUGGAACCGGGGAGGGUCUGUGGAAACAGUUGUUAAAACGCAAGGCAUUGAAAAACCACUGUGUCCCGGCUGUCUCUCUGCCUCUGCCAGUCUCCAUAUGCAAAGCACUUUGAAUUGUACCCUUUUGCACCCAAAGGACACGGGAGCCACAGAGGCGGUCUUCAUUUAUGUAGCACACCACGACACUCUCCUUGGUCCUUUGUGUUUCGGAUGCUGUCUUUCCUGAUAGACGUCACCUGCAGAGUAGCUAGAUUCUGCCAGCCAGACUACGGCGGGGCCAGCACAAGGUAUGGUGUGCGCGGCGGCCCUUCUCAUCGUUUCUACAUUGCCAAGCACAAACCUGGUGUCCUUUCAUGGAAGUGGAUCUCAUCUCCAGCCCUGAACUUGUGGCCACCCGCCAUUUCCACAACGUGCUGUAAACCUUGAUAUAACAUUAUAUAGACAGACAUAUAUUUUUCUCUGGUCAUUGGUUACUUCUCUCCUGUGGCUCCCUGGCACUAUGUGGGAGGAGAAGCAAACAGAACACUUUGGUAUUAUGGGUUUGAACCACCACCUGGCUGCCUCGCAAGAGCAGAUUUCUCUCCCAUUCAAUUUCUUGGUGCAGGACGCUCUCUGAAGCUCUCUGUUUUGAUGUUACAUAUACAGCCAGCCCACCGUUUACGGUUUCAGUGUUUGUAUAUUUUUGGAACAGCCUUGUGUGACGCAAGGCAAUUUUUUGAGUAUUAUGUUUUCGCCAAGGAGGGGAAGGGAACAAAAAAAACCCGACCUGUCUUUUAUUUUUUAAAUGAAGUGAAACUUUUCUUUCCUUGGUUUUGGAAUUGUAGCAGAUGUUCCCCGCUCUGCCAUUCUACAUAAAAAAUGGUGCUUCAAAACCCA